CGGCGGGAUGGGCGGGCUUUCAUGAGGACUGACAGCCCGCGAAGCCACUCCGAGUACAAGAGCCGGGAGAGUGACGCCGGAAGAAGCCAAUCUGCUGGCGUCGCUGCUGCGCGGGGGUGGGCCAGACUGGUCGGAGCGCCGCUGGUGUUGGCUGCAGGUUCAUGAAUAGAUUGAAGAAAACAUGGCCAAUCGAGAUUACAUUAGCAGACCUAUUUGCAAUGGAAUUUCUGUUCCUGAAAAUAAAAUUAAUUCCUUAGUGGCUGAAGGACAUGGACAACAAAUUCUAAAAGUACUACAGAAGUUCAGAGAACAGAAUAUAUUUUUUGACUUUAAAAUUAUUGUGAAAGAUGAAGUCAUUCCUUGUCAUCGUUGUGUACUGGCAGCUUGCAGUGAUUUUUUCAGAGCCAUGUUUGAAGUUAAUAUGAAAGAACGAGAUGAUGGCAAUGUUACUAUUAGUAAUCUAUCACCCAAGGCAGUGAAAGCUUUUCUUGAUUAUGCUUACACGGGAAAAACAGAGAUAACAAAUGAUAACGUGGAAAUGCUCUUCCAGCUGUCAUCAUUUCUUCAGGUUUCACUCCUUUCCAAAGCUUGCAGUGACUUUCUAAUAAAAAGUAUCGAUCUUGUCAAUUGCUUACAGUUGCUUUCUCUGUCAGAAAGUUAUGGUUCUGUCCGCUUAUUUGAUCAUGCACUAGAUUUUGUACAGCACCACUUUUCCCUGCUACUAAGAUCAAGUGACUUUUUGGAGAUGAAUUUUGAGAUAUUGCAAAAAUGUCUUGAAGCUGAUGAACUAAAUGUCCCUGAGGAAGAAUCAGUGUUGAAUGCUGUUCUUCAAUGGACCAAACAUAACAUAGAAACACGACAGAAAUAUCUGCCUAAUUUGAUCAAAAAAGUGAGGCUACACCAGUUACCUGAAAAGACUUUGCAAGACUUUCUGCACUCAGAAGAAUAUUUACUUAAAAGUGCUAAUUGUUCAGUAAUAAUCAAUGAUGCAGUCAAAAGUGUGCAAGACUUCAGUGGACUAUUUCCAGAUGCACGUCCUUCAACAACAGAAAAAUACAUAUUUGUUCAUAAAACUGAUGAAGACGGAGAAAACAGGCAUACAUUUUGCUACAACAUCAAAACAGAUAAAUGGAAAGAACUACCACAUACACACAUGAUUGAUCUUCCAGGGUCAAGCUUAUCUAGCUACGGAGAGAAAAUAUUUAUAACUGGAGGAUGCAACGGGAAUUGUUACAGGACAGUCAGGCUUCAUAUUGCCGAACCGUUUCAUGAUGCCACUGACCAAACCUGGUGCUACUGUCCAGUCCGCAAUGAAUUCUCCAUAGUGUCAGCUAUGAGAAAACCAAGGACAAUGCACACGUCUGUUGUCACCUUAAACCAGUUGUUUGUAAUAGGUGGAAAGACCAGAGGAGCUCAAGAAACCCGAAGUCUUUUAGAUGUAGAAUCAUAUAAUCCUCUCUCCAAAGACUGGAAAUCUGUAAGCCAAUUACCAAGAGGUAUCUACUAUCCAGAAGCAAGUGCAUGUCAGAAUAUAAUUUACGUCCUUGGCUCAGAAGUGGAGAUUACUGAUGCCUUUAAUCCGUCUCUUGACUGUUUCUUUAAGUAUAAUGCUAUGACUGAUCAGUGGUCGGAGCUUGUAGCAGAAUUUGGGCAGUUUUUCCAUGCAACUCUAAUCAAAGCUGUUCCAGUGAACUGCACGUUGUACAUAUGUGAUCUCUCCACCUACAAAGUCUACAGCUUUUGCCCAGAAACCUGUGUUUGGAAAGGGGAAGGAUCUUUUGAAUGUGCUGGCUUUAAUGCAGGGGCGGUUGGGACAGAAGACAAAAUUUAUAUCUUAGGUGGUGAUUAUGCUCCAGAAGAAAUCACAGACGAAGUUCAAGUCUACCACAGUAACAGGUCUGAGUGGGAAGAAGUUUCCCCAAUGCCAAGAGCCUUAACUGAAUUUUAUUGUCAGGUCAUUCAGUUUAAUAAAUAUAGGGACCCGUGGUCAUCUGUAAUGACAAUUUGCUCUGGAGAAUUUUGAAAUUCCUGAGUCAAAAUGAUCUAUUUAAAUGCACAAAUUUUAGAACAGAUUUUUUUCAGUAUUAGUUUGCAGAAAAAUAUGUAUUAUUUUUGUUUUAAAUCUUCAGUUUAAACUGUCUGCUAUAAAAAUGUUUCUGAAAGGGUCUAUAAAAUUCCCAUCCAUCCUAACCAUUAUAUAUCAAGAAUUACUUAGUUUUGUAUACAAGUCUUCUCUAUAAUUAUCUGAAUAAUUUGAAAAUACUACUUUUCAGAAAAAAAGUUAUGAGGAAUUUAUUUUGUAAUAUGUGCCAUUAUUUCUGUAAUAAUCAGUUGCCCCAGGUGAUAAAUUGCUGAGUGAGGAAACUGAUAGUGAUACUGUUUUCCCUAUGUAACUGAAGUUUAAAGAAAUCUGCAUUCAUGCCGGCUUUUUUUGUUUUGUUUUUUUUUUUCUUUCUUUUUUUUUUUAUAUUCACAAACCUGUUAGAGAACCUCAUUGUCAGUUUUAUCGUAUUAGAAUGACCUGAGCAAGGGAAAAAGCCAAAGUGACCUUUGCAGCAUCUUCACAGCAGUAAAACCAGGUGUCUAACUUGAAGAGACUGAAAAUUCUCAUCAUCUUACAUCAGCUCUUCAGUUGGACCAGUUUUUUUCCAUCCUUGUGCCUUAGUAGCAGCUGUACUUUCUGUUUUCAUCCCGUCGCUGUGGCAAGACAAACUUUGAUAACAAUUUGCAGGGUGAGCAAGAUUUCUACAGGGUGGAUGAUUCGGGUGGGAACUUUGCUGCACAGAUGGUCACCUCAAUCACUGCAAGAAAAAACACUUCAGGAUGUUUUCUAACAGAAGUCUUCCAUCUCUGAAGUCUGCAUCGGCUUCUGCUGAGCAGCCAAUAGGCUGCUUACAGCAGAAAGUUGCAAAAUUAAGUUUUAGUUGUUGCUUCAGUUAACUACCGGGAAAGUUCGUAUCUUGUAAUACACAGAAUGCAAAGUUAGAAAAAAACACAAACCCAUACUUAAAGUAGGUAGCAUUUCUAAGGGAAAUAAAUCAUUUUUAAAAAACUUCUGUAGUAUUUUAAAUGAAUUAAAACACUUUCAUCUUCAUGGCAAUUACAAGUGAUAACUAUUGCAAGGUAAACACUAUGCAAUAUAUUGCUAGAGAAACUAUAGUAAUCUAUUAUGUUGAAAUUGUAAUGGAUUUUCAGUAUUAAUACUACCGUGAAGUAAAUUUGAUCUGAUGCAUACAAAGUGUCUGUCCAACAGGACACUGGAAUUAUCUAGGUUUCAUAAACUCACUUGUAAUCUUCCACAGCCAGAGAAUUCUCUUUCUGCCCAGAUAUUUGAAUAAGAUUUUAGUAGCCCUUGUGUACUAAUCAGGCCACUAAGUUGUGUUAUGCCAGACAGAAUGGUUGUAUACAUCUAAGCAUGUAUUCUCCAAGCAGCUUAAAAAUGAACAAAAUUUAGUGAGUUACCUAAUGAUCUUUUACACGGCUUCAGACAACCACUGUAAGUUUGCUACCACAUCUCUGCUGCAUGUACUUUUGGCAAAAGUAAAACUCAAUAUUAAUGCUUAAGACUUAAUAUUGCCUAGCAACGCAUUUCUCUUUCAAACAGUAAACAGUGGAAAUCUACAAUUUUGUCAUUUCUAUAAUUUAUCAGAUAUCUUUCGAAAGUUAGAUAAUAUUAUAAAUAUUUUCAUAAGGAUGUAAGUGAAAAUUAUGCACAUUUGGAUAACAUAUUAAUAAUGGAACUUUCCCCCUCAGUAAUUUGUAUUAAGAUAUGUGUCAGUUCUGUAGAAGUAAAUAGUUUCUUGUAGUAGUAUUUCAGGUAAUUUCCACAUUUAUUUUGAUCUUUCAUAGUGAAUCUCCAUAUUAUAAGUACAGUAAGACUGGUAACCUUUACAAUCGUUUUUAUAUCAGAGCAUGCCUACUGCCUGUUAGUAAAAAUGAUACGUAUUGAAUAGUUUAGGAGAGAUGGAGAAUACUAUUCCAGCUUAUUAAAUUAUGAAGGGGGAAAAAAAAAUAUGAAUACAAGAGAAUAGGAAUUUUAGCAUUAGUAGGCUAGUCAAGGUAGCAUAGACUUCAUUUAAUUAUCACAACCUGUCAUUUUACAUCAGAAGUACAAGGCUGCACAGAAUUGCCAGGUGAUAACCUGAACCAGUGGUUGAGCAUCAGGUGAGAAGACAUGGCUAACCUGGGGAGCUUGGGUGCAAGCAGUGCACCUGAGUGGCUGAAAGGGUGGAGUCUGGAUCAUCCCUCCUCACCCUUAUUUAUGGGUAGCAGCUGAGGGAGCAGAAUCUCCAUGGAUAGAAGUUGCACUUUUCUUGAACUAUCACUGGUUAUUGGAAGGAGUGAGCAGUUUUUCUUCUGUUAUCUUCUGUUCCUCCGUAGCGCUUGUGUCCAAGGAGGAGAUGCUGUCAUUGUCUUCUUUUGCUGCACAGAGGCCCAAUUCUUGUUAGCUUGUAGUUUUGUGCUCUUUCUAUACCCAAGUAAUGACCAUGUAAUUUAUGCAAUGACAACAUUAUGCCCAUUUCAUAUGGGUAUAAACAGCUAUGCAAGUUGGAAGAGAUUAGAGAACUUAAAGUUACUUUCUGUUGCUUCUGUUGUGAGCAAAUUGCUGGGCUGCAUAAACAGCACUGAGUCAGUCAUAAGUUCAGGUGAUGUUCUUUCUUCCAAGUAUUUUCUUACAGUUUCUUUUAUUUGAUAUACUUGCUGUAUGCAUAUACCUCUGCCACAUGACACCCAACAGAGCGUACGUGGUAAAUUACUUGUUAUUCUCACACACACAUACAUAAACCUAAACAUAACUUUAUUGGGAAAAAUGACAUUCUUUAAUAUUCUACGCUACAUUUGCACAGGAACUAAAAUCAGUUCCCAGUCCAACCAAUCAUUCGUGAGUUUCAAAUGGUGUUUCACUCUCUUAAUUGGUGACAAGGAAAUUAAUGAGUAGCAUCCGUUCCUUUUCACUAUUUAUUACAAAAAGUUACUGUGAAAUGGAAUGAAUUUUCUUCUGUUAUGUAGGUAAACUCAUAGAGGGGAAAAAAGACAAAGUUAUUUGCUGUAAUUUCAACAUGAUAGGAGAAGGGGAAAUGGUUUCAAACUGAAAGAGGAAGGGGAGAUUUAGACUAGAUGUAAGAGAAACAUUUUUUUACAUUAAAGGUAACGAAAUACUGGUACUUGUUGGCCAGAGAGAUGGUGUGCCCCGUCCCUGCAGACUUCCAGGUUGGGUGGGACUCUGAGCACCUGAUGGAGCUGUAGAGUCCCUGUUCAUGGCAGGGGAGUUGGGCUAGAUGGCCCUUAGAGGUUUCUUCCAACUCAGCUGAUUUGGAUUCAUAUGGAGGGCUGAAUCUAAUAGUGGAAUUGAAUGCAGAAGGUAUGUUACAAAGUCGUGGUUAAAAACAAGGCUUUAAGAUAAAAUGUCAUGACUUAUUUAUCGCAGGAUUUGUAAUAUACCUAGCAAUGGAUGAAAUCUCAGCAAAGUCAACUUCACUACUGAAAACAAUGUGGGUUUCUUGCAUGAAUUACUUCCGUAGGUCUGGAUCAAAGAUAUGUUUUUAGCUGACUACACAGCAAUUGCAGAAUUUAAAAAGAUCUCAAAAUUAGUGCAGGGUGAUUUCUGCAGCUUUUCUGACUUUUCCAAGCUCACAGAACUUAAUAAAAAAGUACGUUCCUCUGAAAAUAAUGCGUUACUAGAUAAUGAUUACCUACAUUCUCACUGAAAUAUAUUAAAAUGUUUAAAACAUACAAAUUGCAUGUAAAAGUAUAUGCUAUUAUUUGCACCUAAAUAAUGUAACCAAAACAUUUCUAAUAGUUGUUUACUGUAUGUCACAAAAUACAUUUUAAGCAUGAUCAGUACAAUAUACAUUAAGAUAAUAUACAUGUGAGAUUUUAAUACCCAGUAAUUAUUAUAUUGGAUAGUUUUAUAAGAAUGCACUGAAAACAUUAUGGCACUUUGCUAAUGUUAUCGUACUGGUUUAGUUACAAUAAAUAUCAAUUAUUCAGGUGUUUAUAUUGAUUAUGUUUGCACAGACCUGAUAAUUAUUAUUUCUGUAUUAAUUAAUUUAUUUUCUAUAUUCUAAAUAUGUUAGUACUAAGUCAGUUUACUGCUGUUAAAAAUUCAUUAUAUUUAAAAAACGGAGUAAGAUUUAUUGGGUCAGAUUUGUUCCCAGUGUUACUCCAUUAAGAAAUCUGCAUACCUCUUCUGAUUAAUAAUAAGUAUUAGGAAAGGUGUAGGAUGUAGGAUGUGCUGAUAGCAUUUGGAAAUGUGGAGUCUAAUUUGAGGUGUUUCUGUUUGUGGUUGACCAACAGGAGGCAGCAUAAGAUCUAUUUUAAUUAAAACGGAAUUAAACCAGGGAUAUUUUGACAAUAUUUGUAUGUGUAAAUUGUGCUCAGUUUACUUUUUCCCUUCUAACAUCCAAUAAAGCAUAGAGAUCAUUAAAAUCCUGCUGCUGCCUGGGCUCUGCUGAUAUGUGGAAGUAUGACACUACUGUAUGUUUGCUGAGAUGUUCAUUCUUCUGUGAAAUAAAGCAC